AUGCCCUUCCCUCAAACCCUCGAGGCCAAGCCUCGGGUGAUAUUCUUCACCGACUUCGACGGCACCAUCACCCUCCAAGACACAAAUGACUUCAUCACCGACAACUAUGGCAUGGGGUACGAGAAGCGGCGGAAACUCUUCCACGCCGUCAUCGACAAGACCGACACCUUCCGCAACACGUUCCAGCAGAUGGUGGACUCGUGGAACAUGCCGUUCCCCCGUGUGCUGGAGAUCCUGAAGGAAAACAUCAGCCUGGACCCGGCGUUUCGGGAUUUUGUGCUGUGGGCCCGCGAGAAUAAAAUCCCCGUCAUCGUGCUGAGCAGCGGCAUGGCGCCUGUGCUGGAGGCCUUGCUGAACCACCUGCUGGGUGAAGACCUGAUGCAGGACUUGGAGAUCGUGGCCAACGCGACGCAAUUGCGCCCACCAGGGAACUCACUCGACGCGCCCGACGGCUGGACGAUCAAAUACCGCGACGACUCGGGCUUCGGGCACGACAAGUCCCUCACCAUCCGACCCUACGCGGACGCCAUUGCCAAAAUGCCCGCGCAUGAGAGACCCACGCUGCUGUAUGCGGGCGACGGCGUCUCUGAUCUGAGUGCCGCCCGCGAGACAGAUCUCCUGUUUGCCAGGGAGGGAAUGGAUCUCGUCACCUACUGCGAGAACGAAGGGAUCCCGUUCACCGAAUUCAGCGGCUGGGAGAGCAUCCUCGAAGAGACAAAGGACAUCUACGACGGCAGGAAGACGGUCAAGAAUCUCGCCGAGGAGGGUCUGAGGAGACAUCGCACCAAUUCUAUCGAGUCAGGCGCGGUGACUAAGCCCACCAUCAGGUGA